CUGUGCUCCAUCAGUCUAAGUUGUAAGUGUACUGCUGGAUGAGAGGUCCACCUCGAACUCCAUUAAGGCUGCAAGGAAUCAGAUUCCGUGCUUAUGCCAGCCAGGUUCCUGACGUAGACUAGCAGCAAUGGGACGCAUAACCCCACCACUGACCCCCUUUAGAGCUUUUCAACCCCGCCGCGACGAAAGCUUCUUUGAUGAAGAUGAGUACAAGCGAGACAAGAGCUGCGAAACUCUUAUCUCGUUAGCUAUUCCUGUAUACCGGGGUAGAUAUUUCUUUAAUAAUAAUUACAAGGAUUAUCCAAACGUCAGAGUGAUAACAGAAGCAAAAAGGCACAGGCAUAGACCGCCAAUCUAAUAUUAACGAUAUGUCUGUAGGGAGCUUUCGUCUCAAGCUUGACCACUCGAAGCACUCCAAGCUAUGUCAUAGAAGUACUUGGUCGCAUUUAUGCUUCGGCUUAGGUACCACAGUAAUCCCCACGGACUAAAGCCACUUUUCUACCUAUUAUACGUAUAAAUAAAGGCUUCCUAUCCCUCAAGAUUUUUAUUUUGAGUUCAUCUUGUCAUACAACCAUCUCAAGAAUCUAAAUCAGCACAUCCAUCUCCAACAUCUACUUAAUUCACCAAGUAACACACACAUAUAUAUAUAUACCAACGCUCCAAGUCACAAUGGGUCUCUCCGGGCACUGUCUCUGCGGAGCUGUGAAGUACACCGUCGAUGCGGAACCCCUCAUCGUCGGCUACGACCACUGUGACGACUGUCAAAGACAAACGGGUUCUACCUACUCACUCGUAGUUGUCGUCCCCAAGGACAAGCUAACCAUCAACGGCACGACCAAGAGCUACGCUAAGGCGGGCUCGUCGGGCAAAGCAGUGCACCGUAUCUUCUGCCCCGAGUGCGGAUCUCCCAUUGCGCACGACCCCGACGCCGCGCCCCCGAUCAUCGCCCUCAAGGGCGGCACUCUUAGCGAGGCCGAUAAGAAGGCGUUGAAGCCUGACACCGAGAUCUGGACGGUCGGCAAAUUGCCCUUCUGCUCGGAGCACCUGGCCAAGCCGUUCAAGUACAUGCCCGAGUAAAGAAUGGAUGGAUGAAGCUUUGGAUAUUAUGUUUCUAGGAGGGCGAAGGACGGCCGUUGGUCGUUGACGUAGCUAGCAAAUGAGAGAAAAUAAAUAAAUUAAAAUAUUUUGAAGAAAUCCUACACGUGCUUAGAGAACCUGUGCUAGCUAGAUCUAGGUAUUUUACUUUCUUUUUUAUUUCUAU